UGAGGGAUCUUAUAAAUGAAACCAAAACAUACCAUCUCCCUCCACUCUAUAAAUAGUGUAGGAGUACUUCAAUUGAUUCGCGAUUGGCCGCUUGUCCCAAAUAAAAAUUUACUUCUCCAGGAGUCCAGGUCCCUGCCUUCUCUGCAAGCUUUUCGCGGCUGCUGGAUUGGUGGCGCCAUCCGCACAGCUACUGUCUCAACCACAGAGGAGGACACUAAAGAGAAAGACACACCAAUCGCCGUUGACGGAAAUCUAAAUCUUAUGAUCUUAAGAGCGAUGGAAGAAGGAAAUAACAAAGAAGAGAAGGUUGAGUCGCCUACAAGUUCUCAGAAAACUGUUUCUGAUGAUGAGAUAGACUACUCCAUCAAACCAGAGUUCUAUGAUUCAGAUCUUGAUCUUAAGGAUGAAUUAUGGGUUCAGAAGAAAAGACGAGGACAUGACUCUGAUGCUGUGCUUAGCUGUCCUGCAUGUUUCACCAUCCUCUGCCUAGAAUGCCAAAGGCAUGAAAAAUAUGUGACCCAGUACAGAGCUGUUUUUGUUAUAAACAUAAAGGUUGAGAAUAACCGGGUUUUAAUUAAAAAUAAUUCAAGAGAAAUAAAAGGCAAAAGUGGAAGAAAGGCAAUUGAUGGGACUGAGGAACAUUCUACUAGUAUUGAAACAGUCAAGCAAGUAUGUUGCUCUGUUUGCUCGACAGAGGUUGGUGUCUUUGACGAAGAUGAAGUUUAUCAUUUCUUCAAUGUUCUCCCUAGUGAAUUCUAACUGGUUCUGGUUCAGGGAUGUCUCCCUCGAGCAAUAGUUAAAUUUUGUUGAUCGAUCGUUCCUAUUAGAGUUGAGUGUUGUUGAUUCAACUCUAGACAGAGUGGUACGUCUUUUCUUCCUGUGCUAUGACUGGCAACUCUCGAGUGACAUAUUUUGGUUAUCAUUACCUAAUUAAUUAAUAUGGAUAUGCAUGAAUUUUUAUGUUUAUACUAGAUGUUGGAUCUCAUAUGACAUUAAUAUUAAUAUUAUUUGGAAGAUCUAUUUUGGAACAUAA